AUCUGGGGCGCCUCGCAGCUGCUAUCGCCACAGCUAGCGGAUAAAAACAGUACUCCUCCCCUAUAAAAAGGCAGCAGACGGCGAGGCGUUUAUAAUUUUUGCCGGCCAUUUGUCUGAAUGUAUAAAGAAAAAGCACACGUUUUGACAUAACUAGAUUUUUUUUUGUAUACAAGCCAUCCUGGUCACCAACCAUGUCCGACACUGCUGCUACACACAACAACAACGGAGACUACGGGCUCAACGGGUCCUGGGUGGAGUUAGAGAUGAACCGAGGCGCCGCAGAGUCAGCCCCGUCACCGGCCACGGUCGUCCCCUCUCCGGACCUGCUGCCCCUUCCCCAGGUGGAGGUGGAGGAGGAGGGGGAGGCGGCCAUGGCGGGGGCGCUGGAGCACGUGCCGUCCUCGUCCUCCAUCCACAAUGGCGACAUGGAAAGGAUCCUGUUGGAUGCCCAGCACGAGUCGAGCCGCAGCAACUCGUCCUGCGACAGUCCUCCACGGCCUCACACUCCCCAGGAUGACGGGCAGAUCAUUUUCGAGGCGGACGUGACUGGCAGGAGAGACAGUCAGACAGAAGAGGAUGUCUUGGACAAGGAGAGAGACAUGGACAUCUUGAUGAAGGACGCAGAUUGGGUUGCUGACUGGUCAAGUCGACCGGAAAACAUUCCUCCUAAGGAGUUUCAUUUCUGUCACCCACGCCGCUCUGUGACGCUGAGCAUGAGGAAGACCGGUGCCAUGAAGAAAGGAGGCUUCUUCUCUGCCGACUUUCUCAAAGUCUUCAUCCCGUCGCUCCUGAUCUCACACAUCCUCGCCCUGGGACUCGGAGUGUACAUCGGCAAGAGGCUGACCACGCCUCCCACCAGCUCCUUCUGAAGCCCAGCCGGAAGAAAAGUGCCUGAGAAGUGGCCUGGAACCAUGACGGAGAAGAGUUUCUCCUCCCGCUACCCUGCUUGCCUCCUCUUCCUCCUGGCUGAGAUAUGACAUGUUCUCAGUAAUGUAUCCUCCUCCUCCUCCUUUUCUGGACUGGCUUUUCUGAGUGUACAGAUUCUACCUUUACAUCCACUCAUCUGUCAAGGCUUUUCAAAGAGUGCCUAAAGGCCUUUUUUUUCUCUCUCUUUCUCCACUUUAAUUAAUUCAGGCGAUGAGAUCCACUCUAGUUAAAAAAUGAAAGUGUCAACAUGCCUUUAUGGGGGCUUAGUUGCCCCUUUUUCUCUUUCUUUGCUGUUCUUUUCUUCUCAUGUUCAUGUAUUUUACAGCAGUCACUGUUAGGUUCACCGUAGUGGCCAUCCCUUAUUGAAGAAACAAAAGAGGUGAAGGAGCGUUGUUUGCAGAAAGCCGGGUGUUGUUGAUGCACACGCAGUAUUUCAGUGUUGAGUCCAGACAGGUCGGGACCUUGUGUCCACGUUCUUUUAGUGCAAGUUUGUUCGUCUGCGACAUAUCAGAAUUCUAAUUCUCAUUUUUCCCCUUUCUGCCGAUUUUAGGUUCCGGCGCUACCUGGGUUUUUGUUAGUCGUCUGCUCCGAAAGGUCGGACAAAAAACAAAUUGUACGAAAAUUAGAGCCGUUUUUCCUGUAAGAAAUAAUGUCAAUUCUACUACACCCACAGAAAUGAACACAAAACACAUUUUAUAGAGAAUUAUUAUCAUUUGACAUCGCCUUUCUUUGGUUAUUUGGUGGAUUGUUUUACAGUCGCACUCCAUAAAACACACGUCGUCGAAAAAAUGUGUAUCGAUAAGGCAUUUUGUCUUUGGUGAUUCAUUCAUUUAAAAUGUAAAUUUGCACGCAAAUGCAGUUCUUAGCUCGUUAUUAUUUAGUGCAACAAGCUAUUGCAAGCUUUUCUAGUCAGAUUCUUGGGGUGGCGAUUUGAUUUAGAGUCCAUUCUCGUAAUAUAUUACAGUAUAUACAGUACGGGCCAAAAGUUUGGACACACCUUCUCAUUCAAUGUGUUUUCUUUAUUUUCAUGACUAUUUACACAAAAAAAAGGUGAAAUAACUGAAAACAUGUUUUAUAUUCUAGUUUCUUCAAAAUAGCCACCCUAUUGCUCUGAUUGCUGCUUUGCACACUCUAGGCAUUCUCUCCAUGUGCUUCAAGCACACCUGUGAAGUGAAUGCCAUUUCCGGUUUCAGCUCAUGGAGAGAAUGCCAAGAGU